GGGGACCAAAGCGGGCAUCAGGGAAGAAGGAAGAGGAACAGACGACUUGACAGUCUCUGCUGCUUUCCCAGUGCCCUGCCAGUUGCCCUAUGCACGCUUUGGAAAAGACAUCUUGCCAGCUGUCGCGACUCGGGUGCCAGCGCGGACGGCCACUCCGAACACUUGGGAAGUCAGGCCGGUCUUCAGACCAUGGCAGUCUUUAGACUUAGGAGACUGUUUGUGAUGGUGAUGCCCUCUCCCUCUACCUAGGAGGAAACUCAGCUGCAGAUUUCUCAAGGACACCGGAAGGAGGGGUAGACCUCAAGUGGAGACUUUCCGUGCAAGGAAGGUUCCUUCUUCCAUGAAUGAUGGCCAAACCCACACGAAAAGGGAAUGGCACAGACUCUGAGACUUUGAGGCAGCGCUUCAGGAGAUUUCAUUACCAAGAGGUGACUGGACCCCGAGAAGCUUUCAGCCAUCUCUGGGAACUUUGCUGUCGCUGGCUGAGGCCUGAGACGCGCACCAAGGAGCAGAUUGUAGAAUUGCUGGUGCUAGAACAGUUCCUGGCCGUCUUACCUGGCGAGAUCCAGAGUUUGGUGCAGAAGCAGUGUCCAGAAAAUGGAGAGGAGGCAGUGGCUCUGGUGGAAGAUUUAGAGAGAGAGCCUGGAAGACCCAGACAUUCGGAUUCAGUGGAGACCCAGCCCAUCGUAGUACACAAGAAAGAGAGGGCAAGAAGCCCAGACCUGGGAUCACAGGAGAUGAAUCCAAAGGAGAAGCUCAGACCUAUUCAAAGGAGCACAGGAUUUCCAUUUCCUAAAUCCAGCGUGGCCUCCCUGGAACAAAGACAGCCACAGAUCCCAGAUAAGGAUAAGGAACUGUCAAGGACAGGAGAUACAGGAAAGCAUGCUGAUCUGCUCUCAUCCCGGAAGGAGAAAAGAAACUGGGUGGAGCAAGAUCACCGGGCUACUGAGGAUGAAAAGGUGGUAGGUGUACACUGGGGCUAUGAGGAGACCAGAACUUUAAUUGCAAUUCUCAGUCAGACUGAGUUUUAUGAGGCUCUCCAAAACUGUCAUCGAAACAGCCAAGUGUAUGGAGCUGUGGCUGAGCAGCUGCAGAAAUAUGGCUUUCUCCGGACCCUGGAACAGUGUCGGACCAAGUUCAAAGGUCUCCAGAAAAGCUAUCGAAAAGUUAAGAGUGGACAUCCACCUGUGGCUUGCCCAUUUUUUGAAGAUAUGGAAGCCCUGAUGAAUGCUCAGGUCAUUGCCUUGCCUACCAAUGGCCUUCAGGAGGCAGCGUCUCACCACUCUGGCCUGGUGGACAGCAAUACUGAAAUUGGAAAGCCAAGGCAAGGAGACUGGCAGCACAAUGAGAGAGCAGAAGAAAAGAUUGCUGAGGAAUCUGACAGUGAUGAAAUGGACCAGGAGGCUACACCUCAAGACCCCAACAACUUGACUGCUCCUGUCCUUUUCCGAAGCCCAAGUGGUGUACACUGGGGCUAUGAAGAGACCAAGACUUACCUUGCAAUUCUAAGUGAGACACAGUUUUAUGAAGCCCUCCAGAAUUGUCAUCGCAACAGCCAAUUGUAUGGAGCAGUCGCUGAGCGGUUAUGGGAAUAUGGUUUCCUUAGGACACCAGAGCAGUGUCGGACCAAGUUUAAAAGCUUACAGACUAACUAUAGGAAAGUCAAGAAUGGCCAAACACCAGAAACCUGUCCCUUCUAUGAAGAAAUGGAUGCUUUGGUAAGUGCCCGAGUUGCUGUCCCUGAUAGCCAGGAAGAGGAGAAAGCUUACCUCCUCCAGACUAGUGACACAGAUACUGAGAAGCAAGCUGAGGAUGUAGAAGAGUUCACAGAAGAUUCUGAUGAUGAUGAUGAUGAUGAUGAUGAUGAUGAUGAUGAUGAUGAUGAUGAUGAGGAUACUGAGCUACCACCCCCAGAGGCUGUUAGGAACCGUGCACCAGUCUUAUUCCAGAGCCCCAGAGGUUUUGAGGCUGGAUUUGAGAAUGAAGAGAAUCUAAAAAGAGAUAUUUCUGAAGAAGUACAACUACAUAGAACAUUACUUGCAAGGUCAGAAAGGAAAAUCCCCCGGUAUCUGAACCAGGGUAAAAGAAGAGAGACUGAAUGCAGAUCAGGAAGUCAGUGGGAAAAAACUUCAAGAGAAAGAAGAGGAAAACUAACACUCCCAGAGAAGACUGUAGAUAAAGUUCUUAGUCAUCAGGGAUCCUACUCAGGAGAGAGACCUUAUAAAUGUCUGAGAUAUGGCAAAAACUUUGUUCCAAACUCCCACCUUAUGAAUCAGAUAUCUCAUCAAAUGGAAAAUUCAUAUAAAUGUGCUGAUUGUGGGAAAAGCUUCAGUCGAAGUGCACGCCUCAUUAGACACCGGAGAAUCCAUACGGGAGAGAAACCUUAUAAGUGUCUUGAUUGUGGGAAGAGUUUCCGUGACAGCUCAAAUUUCAUCACUCACAGGAGAAUCCACACAGGAGAGAAACCUUAUCAGUGUGGUGAGUGUGGAAAACGUUUUAAUCAAAGCUCCAGUCUUAUAAUUCACCAGAGAACCCACACAGGAGAAAAGCCCUAUCAAUGUAAAGAAUGUGGAAAAAGCUUCAAUAACAGUUCUCAUUUCAGUGCACAUCGGAGGAUCCACACUGGAGAGAGACCCCAUGUGUGUCCUGACUGUGGAAAAAGUUUCAGUAAGAGUUCUGACUUGCGUGCUCAUCAUAGAACCCACACAGGAGAGAAACCUUAUGGGUGUCGUGAUUGUGGCAAGUGCUUCAGUAAAAGCUCUGUUCUGAAUAAACACCGAGAAAUUCAUACACGAGAAAAACUGCUUUCACGAUCAGCACCUAAAUAAGCCCCUGAAACUUUUAAAAGAAAGUGCUUCAAUAAAUGUAUGUCUGGAAGUCUUCUAAUAGUAAGAUCCAUCUCAUAUGCUAUGCCCAACUAGCAUUACUAAAAUCUUUAGGAUGUAUCCCACUGUUACUUUUUUUUUUUCUUUUUUUUGAUCUAGGCUUAGUUUUACAAGACAGUC